UCCAGUGCUGACGGAACGUUCUAGCCUGCGGCUCCGACCCUUCUGCACAUACGGCCAGUGCUCCGUGCGCGCGUGUGCAUCGUGUUGCUCUUCGCGGGAUCUCCUCGGCGCAACCAGUGAAAAGGAGAGCAACGAACGUUGUCGCGGCGACCGAGAGCUGUCGGACUGCUGCUGAGGAAUCUGCUUUCGCCCGUUCAACAUGCUAUCCCGUCCGGGCGAGGCGGUCGUGCUGGUGACGGGAGCCACAGGCUAUGUGGGCUCUCACAUUGUGAAGCUGCUGUUGGAGGAAGGUGAGCUACGUGUCCGUGCCACGGUGCGCAACCUCGAGCAGGAGGACAAGACCAAGUUCCUGCGUGAGUUGGUGCCUGAUGCCAAGCACCCCAUCGAGCUGGUACAGGCAGACCUUCUCAAGGAGGACACUUGGAAAGAUGCCGUGAAAGACUGCACCUAUGUGGUGCAUGUGGCUGCCCCAACACCACACUCCUCACUGUCCAAGGACAAUGAUCUGCUCAAGCUGGCCGUUGAUGGCACCAAGGCUGUGCUGCAGGCUUGCGCUGACUCGGGCACUGUCAAGAGGGUUGUCCUCACCAGCUCCAUCAGUGCCGUCUUUGAUCAGUCCCAGCCAGCGAGUGCCCUGAGUGAGCGUGAAGGCAAACCAUUCACAGAAGCUGACUGGAGCAAUGCUGAGUCUGCGACCCUGGAUGCCUACGGAAAGGCUAAGACCCUCCAGGAGAAGGCUGCAUGGGACUUUGUCAAGGAGCUGCCAGAAGAGAAGAAGUUUGAGCUGGUAGUCAUUAACCCUGGACUCUGCAUUGGACCUCUGCUGCAGAAGACAACCCAUGGUGUGCCCACUAGCGUGCUGCUGAUCAAGCGCUUUAUGGACCGAUCGAUACCGCUGGUGCCUCCAGCAUCAUUGAGUGUGGUUGAUGUUCGUGACGUGGCACGGGCACACGUACGUGCGCUGACUGUGCCGGGGGUAGCAGACAACCGCCACAUUGUCACCAACCAGUGCAUAUCUGUCAAGGACAUGGCCACGGCUCUUGCAAAGGAGUUCAAGCCACAUGGUUAUAGUAUCUCCACAGCCGGUGCACCAUACUUCCUGAUGUGGCUCAACAGCCUGGUGGACAAGAACUCCAAGCUGCUCAUGUCCAAGCUGAACAAGCCAAGCACAUAUGACAAUGCACGCAUGCGCGAGGUUCUCGAGAUCGAGCCCCGCGAUGUACAGCAGUCGAUCCUGGACACUGCCUACAGCAUGAUCCAGUUGGGUGUUGUCAAGAAGUCCAAGAAGAUGAAGAAGCAGGAGCUUUCAACCGAGGGUGAGGGCCAUGUGAACGGUGACCUAAAUGGUGAAAAGGCAGAUGAUGAGAAGGACGAGAAGAAGGAAGGAGACGACGAAGAAAAGGUCGCCGACGAGAAGAAGGAGACGGCAACCGAAGACACCAAAAAGGCCGAAGAGGUUACCAAAAAGGCCGAUGAGGUCAUUGCUGAGCCCCCGCAGAACAAGGAACUCGAGCCUGAGGACAAAGUCGAGAAGGCAAACGGUGAUGUCGCGGAACCACCGCCACAGCCUGUAGAGGUGGCCGCAAACUGAGUUUUGGAGAUUCAACAUAUACACACUACACAUACACUCCUUUUUUUGUUUGUUUGUUUGCUGCCCCUAUCUUUAAUGCGGGCAGAAAAUGCGAUCGUUUCAUUCUUUGCAGCAGACCACUGAAUUGAAUGCUUCGGGAGAGAGAGAGAGAUGUUAUGUUCAGAAGUGUAGAAGCAUCAUUGCAACAAUUGUGGGCUGUCAAAAUUGGUGGCCAAAAUGUACCAAGCGUACGAAUAGUAGGUCAUGUGAGAAUUCGUGGAACUGUCAAUCAAUAAAAAUAAAACAUAAUAAAAGCAAUCUAUGCAUCAGUAACAAUUCCUGGACAGUAAGUUACAGAAGCAAGCACUCUCCGGAGUUCGCAGAUUUUAAUUAAAUCUGUGUUCUUGACGUGGGUGUUUUUCAAACGAGCAACAUUGUGCAGGUGAUGCCCGCAGGGAAUCUGUCUCUCUCGUGAAACGUUUCUUUCAGUGACCCUCUUGAGAGCAAGAUUUGAGAACACUCUUGCGUUGUUGUUUUCGGAUGACAUUUUCGUAGAGUCUCAACACUGGUCGCCUCGUAGAUCCAUCCAUAUAGAAACUGGGACUGCAUUGGCACUUGUCGAUUCCUUGUUGCCAGACAGAGCCAGCACAGCUGAGACGAACAACGACGCCAUUGUAGAAACCUGCCAUUGCUUCACUCUGCUAGUACGAUUGUAGCUUGUUGCUUCCACGACAUGCUUACGGGACAAAGAAGCUUCCAGUACACCUUAUCAAGAAACUGGAGAAGGAAAAAGAAAAUUGCGAAUGUGAGCACGGUCAUGAAAGAGACAUCCUCAGACAAAAAGCAGGAAACUAUUUUUGAUCACGAUGUAUUUUAAAGAAAUUUGAAAGGUAGCUAAAACUUUUUUAAAGGGUCAAUUAAAAAAGCAAGCAGAGGAUAUCUUUUGUAGAGAAGAAGAAAAAAAUGAGCAGAAAAGCUUGGCAUUCAAGUUCAUCAUUCAUCGCACUACUAAAUCAUAGGCACACUACACCUUGCCAUCAAAAUGGUUUCACUUAGAGUAUAGACUUCAUGAAAAUGCUACUUCCCAGCUGAACAACUAGAAGAUGUUUCACAUCUUUUACUGCUCUCAUAAGAUAUGAGAGUGGGAGGCAGUGCGAGGGAAAAGAAUGCGAGCACUAUGUGUCAGUGUUAAUCUUUCCCUUCAGCUCCUUUAUUCUGAGGGCGUGGGGCUCCUACGUUUGGUGCACACACAAAUUUAAACUGUUUUGGUAUAGCAUUACUGCAAUGCGUUGAUGACAGUGUUGUUUGUCACCAUUGCCUGUAUUUUUGCAUUUUAUGUUCGCGUACCUCUUUCUAGACCACACUCAGAACAAAAGUGUAUACAACAUAUAGCAUUUGCAGUUUUAGCUUUCUGAGUCUGUUAUUUUUGUCCAGGAGCUUGACAGCUGUGCUGAAGACUUUUGUCAUUGUCUUGUGGCUAACUCCAUCAUGUCACCAACUGUAGAACUACUCUAAAUGCUAUAUAAAAGAGUUACAUAUAACAAGCUUUUAUUUUUUAUGUCAUCGCGAUUUAUUUUGUGGUUCUCAAUUAAAAAAUAUAUGUUAGAAAGGCACAGUCUGCCCGCAACACACAGCAAAAAUGAACCAACGGGCUGUGUAACCGUAUGCUGGGGGAAAUGUUUGCUUCUCAAGCCAUCGAACUUGUGAGGUAUAUUUGCCUGAUGCUCAUCUCUAUGCUGUCGGAAAAGUGUUGUUCACAAUCCCGUCGCUCUGUAGAGUGAUGUGCUGGAUCGACUAUUUUGCUAUAUAAAGUUAUGUGAACCACUUCUAUCGGCACCUUCUUCCACCUGCAUUCUGAGGUUGCCAUUGCUACAGUUACUAUCUUGUAGCAAACUUAUGCCUUCUUUUUACAACCUACAACUUUUCUGUAAAGGGAUGAGUGUGCAUAUAAUUGCAGCUGUUAAUGAGUCAACAAUACAAAUUUGCUGAAAACAUUUGGAGUUGUCGGUUUGUUUUGUAGUGUGAAGGUUUCUGUGCCUACUCCCCCCCGCUAUCUUGUUUACCUCAGCUGUGUACCAUGGCCUUUCCAAGAUGUGGAGUUGAUGGUUGCUUUGACUUCAGUGACAAGGUUCAAGUUGGUUGUUGCUGUAUAGCGAGCAGUGACAGCUCUAUAUUUGCAUGUGACGUGCUCUUUUUCUUGGUGCGGCAUGCUUGUGUGGCAUGCAUUUCUAUUUCUGUUUUUUUUUCUUUACUAUAUGCAGCUGUGUAAAUAAGUUUUAAUGCUGUGUAAUUGUCGGAGUUUGUCAGUUGUGGACCCUGGUGCAACUUCGACCUUCUUUCUGCUGGGGAAAAAAAGCUUCUUGAAGAACCUCUGAAUAGAUCACGGUGCUGCAUUGCAUCUUGUCUCCCCACUUUACACGACUUUCCGCAGCCUUCUGUAAACAUUGCUCCCGUAACUGUACCCAGUAACAUUCAUUGUAUGAACCCACCAACCGGCGAGUAAAUACACAUGGAACCACCCACUUACACACACAUACAUUUCUGAGUGCAUUGAUGUUGAGAACCAGUCGUGCAGUGCUGCAAGUGGCAACUUGCUUGGGUUGAAGCUUGGGCUUCGGUUCACAAGUGGUUGAGGUUUGGGUAUGCAAGUGAAAACCUUGUGGUGUUGAGCUGUCCCCCUCAAGAACCCCGAAGAAUUGCAUGCUGAUCCCUCUCAUUCCUUGUCACAUCCCAUUCGAGUGAUGCUUUAUUCUGUGUACCAGAGCUCUCGUGACAUUAUGUUAUUUUGCUUCAGACUGCUUAUCAUUUGCGAGGUCUAUGUUUUUAAUGGUCAGUGAUGCAGCAGUGGUGUCGAGCCUUGAGCUUCGAAACUUAUGGAGGCUUUGACAGCUGUUCCUGUACAAUGCACUGCGUGUUGAAGUUUCCCUUCAUCUCCUCUAGGAACCAAAGAUAACAUUGAGGUGACUGUCACUUUGAGAACUAAGUAUAGAUGUCAGUGUUGCAAGAUUUAUGUAAAAGGAUGAGUUUACGAAAGCAUUUUCUACCGUACUCCCAUGUGGAGGUUGUAGCGACCAGAUAUGACAGUAUUACGAGAGUGCUGUUUGCAUAUUCAAAAUAAUUGCGUAUUGCUACAUUUCUAAGACUGUAAGUCAGAUUAAGGUGUUAGUAUGCAAAACAUUUGAUACCAUGCCUUUGCCAAAGUGGCCAUGCCAGCUAGGUGACAUUUUUUUUAUACGCAUAUGCGUUGAGCUGUUUGAGAAGCUGGAAUGUUUCGGACAGUGCUCAAUUUUUUACAUGCAUCAGUAAGCCAAAGUUUUGAGACGGAUAGCUGCAUUGACAGCUGAACAUUUACAUACAGCACUUACCAAACACAUGCUAUAUGGUUGUAAUUGCUAAGAGAACAGUUAGCCAUAUAUGCAACUUUUAAAAUCAUGUACCUUAUACACAGGUGUAGGAACAUUACAGCCGGCUUUGAUAUCAAAGUUUAUCUCUUUUUCUUUUCCUUUUCUACAAGUUUACUUAUGAUACGUGCCUCAUGUAUAAUGGCACACACUGUUUUUACUCAAUUAGAAUAAUAAUAGUGAAUGAAAGUAAAGAGAGAAGGCAACUGAAGCAUGUGAGAUUUCUUUGGCUUUUAAUUAGCAGGUUCGUAACAAAGGGGCCAAAAUGUGGAGUGUAUUAUGUUUGGUACAUGCCACUGACUGAAAUGUACAGCUGAUUCAUUGUGAACUCACUACAUAUCUGUCACUCAAACUUGCUCUCUCCAGUAGCCACACAUAAAGUGUGAUCAAGUCAGUACGUACAUAGAGAAAGUGUUUUUAAAAAGAGGAAGAAAAAAAGCUCUCUGUUUUAAUUCGGUGCGCAAGUUCCCCUGGUAAAGCAGCAUUGUAAAUGAAUGUCUAGCAUACAAGAAGAAAAUGGCGAUUCAAAAUCAGGCAUCAGUAGUUUAUCGAGAAUGUAGAUGCAGCCAUGCUGCAGUUUGCAUGGAGUCAAUAUAAAGACAGCGUUACGAAAGUCCUCAUCUAAGUGCCCCUCUCAGGCAGCAACAGACCAGACUUUCUUGGAUGUGUAGUUACUUCGCAAAUGUUUGUGCUGCGGGCGCAUUAUUUUCUGGCAGUACGACUCACUCUCUCUUUUGUCUAACAUCGCGAGAUAUCCUGAUGAAAGCUGGUAAAGUAAGCAUUCUUCAUUCACAUCUGCACAAGCACGUGCAUAGUGUGCGCCUUGACUGAAACGUGCUACAUAACUCACUCGUAGCCCUCUCCGACCUGGGUGCCCUUUGUGGCACGAAGGCUUUCCGUCAUGGUCAACCUGUCGUUCAUCAUAGUCACAUCUUUUUUUUUUGACCAAGGCCAAAAAAAAAAGUUUCUUCAGCCAUGGAAGUGCCGGCACGUUUUUGGCUCAAUCUACUGUGAGGACUAAAAUGAUUGAAAUUACUACCAACAACAAUUGCCACUGGUGGUGCUAUACUGAAGACGGUAUGCUUGAGGCUCUUGUGCCGACAUAGGAAGGAAUGGAACUGGGGUCCUGUCGUCCUCCUUGACUGCCCUGCUAAAAAAUGGUGAUUCGUUCACCUCCAGUGAUUAGCUCUAGCUUUUUACACCUCUCGUGCAGACCAACAACACUUUGAGCCAUUUUAUCGAAACUCUUUUAUAUGGCAGGAUUGCCUUUUUUUUCUUCUUGUAAGAUUUACUUGAUUACCAAGCACUAGUCAGUAGAUGGAAAAAAGUUUAUGGCAGAAGUAAGCAAGCAACAAGAGGUCCUUCGAUGUUUAUAUUUAUGUGUGAAGCCCCCCAAUUUGUUUGAUGUGGACUUCUACUACCACUCUGCUGCAUACACUGCAUUUAGUUUACCACCUUCCCAUAGCUGCCAUGUGUUGACACUGCUUUAGAAACAAAGCGACACGUCUAAACUUUCAGCGAGCGGUAGAAAAAAAAAGGACAGCUUAGAGAAGACACGCUAGCUGCUCUCACCCUUCAAACAUUGUGCAUUUGUACAAAGAGCACAGGAUAUACUGUUUGCUGCGCGACAUAUGCUUUUUCUUACAACCUCGGAGCUCUUUCGUAUCUGUUCCUCCACCAAAUUUUCCAUACUCCCCCCUCUAAGGGACUACAUAGGUUCGACAGUGCAUGAAGGAAAAAAAUACUGUGCAAAGCGAUGCUCGUAUGACGAUACAUUUCAUGCUAUUUGUUUGAUUUAGCUGUCUUGACGAACACUGACACCUUGCUCUUAGAGUUUUUCUCAACUCUUCGAUCUCUAGUUUUUAUCUCUUCAUAUGCUUUCUUUUGCACUGCAAUCUGUGUGCUCAGCUUUGUAAACUCCAUAGAAAAAAAAAACACUUCUACCAGUAGAUGUAUACACAGUCUCCUCCCGUGUAUUUGUAUGCUUGUUAAUAAACGAGGAAAAGAAAACAAA